CUUCCUGACCCAGUUCAUCCACCAUUAUUCAAACGUCUUCAUCACCUUCCUUUCUAUCCCGUGCAGGAAAAACACUAGCUAUGAAGUUAAACCUGCAACAGAACCCCUUUCCCUUUCUCCACUUGUUAAACUUUAUUGCAGUAUUAUUAUGGUCACGGUGGGCCCUGGGCGCCGCCGCCUCAGACCCACAGACCAACUGGGUGCAGCUAUGGUGCGACCAGGACGGAGACAAUGACGGGUCGGUGCUGAGGGAGGUCCUGAACGGAACGGUAGCGGACCUGAGAGGGCAGAUCGGAAACCAGAGCUUGCACUUCGCCAAGGCGCAGGGAGUGAAGGGAAACACCCCCGUCUAUGGCCUUUUCCAGUGCAGGGAAUACCUCUCCAUCCCGGACUGUCUCGCCUGCUUCGACGUCGCCGCCGUCAAAAUCCGCAGCUGCUCCACCAGGGCUUACGGUGCUCGUGUCGUCUACGACGGCUGCUUUCUCAGGUAUGAAAGCAGUGAAAAAUACGAGGUGGCUAGCGAAAGCUGGAACAACAUAGACUGUGGAAAUCAAAGCUCCCCCGCCUUAGUUUCUUCAACCGUGCAACAAGCGCUUACGAAUCUUGACAAAGCCACCCCCAAAAUGAUCAAUCCUAAGAUGUAUGCAGCCACUAAGACCCCAUUGCCUAAUAGCAAUAAUGGCUCAAGUAAUAUUUAUGCCAUGGCUCAAUGUGUUGAGACUCUCACCACAAGUGGCUGCCAGAGUUGCUUGGACACUGCCUUGGGACUGUUUCGUAGUUGUCUUACCAGCUCAAAUGCCAGGAGUUAUGACACUGGCUGCUUCAUGAGAUACUCUACCACUGCCUUCUUUGUUGACAAUCAAACCACUGUCAUCACCUCCUUCCUGAAACAAGGUUCAAACAAUAAAGGAGCCAUCAUCGGUGGUGUUGUGGGAGUUUUGGCACUUGCUUUGGUCCUCCUUGGAUUAUUUUUCUGGAUUAGAACACCAAAAAGUCAUCGCAGGUUUCUCGGAGGAGAAAUAACUGGAAUAAGCAACUUGAAAGGUCCAGUAAAUUAUCAUUAUAGGGAUUUGAAGCUUGCAACAAGAAAUUUCAAUGAAGAAAAUAAAAUUGGAGAAGGUGGAUUUGGUGCUGUAUAUAAGGGCACUCUAAGGAAUGGAAAAGAAGUGGCCAUCAAGAAAUUAACUAUACGACAAUCCAAGAAGGUGGAUGAAUUAUUUGAGAGUGAAGUGAAGCUAAUUAGUAACGUUCAUCACCGAAAUCUUGUUCGGCUUCUUGGAUGUUGCAGCACAGGGAAACAAAGAAUUCUUGUCUAUGAAUACAUGAGAAAGACCAGCCUUGACAGAUUCUUGUUUGGAAAAGGGAGAGGUUCUCUUAAUUGGAAUCAACGACACGAGAUAAUUUUAGGGACAGCAAGAGGUUUGGCUUAUCUGCACGAGGAGUUUCACGUUCGUAUCAUACAUAGAGAUGUAAAGACUAACAACAUCCUCUUAGAUGAUGAUCUGCAACCAAAAAUUGCUGAUUUUGGAUUAGCAAGGCUUUUGCCUGAGGACAGAUCUCAUCUCAGCACAAAAUGUGCAGGAACAUUAGGAUACAUAGCACCAGAGUAUGCAAUUCAUGGUCAAUUGUCAGAGAAGGUUGAUGUGUAUAGCUUUGGUGUGAUAGUCCUAGAAAUCAUAAGUGGUCAAAGAAGCAAUGAGUUAAAGGUUUCUGGUGCAUAUGAAGGCGAAUUCCUCCUCCUAAAAGCUUGGAAUCUAUACAAGAGAGACUUACACGUAGAAUUGGCGGAUGAGAGCUUGGACCCUAGUGAUUAUGAAGCAGAAGAAAUGAAAAGAAUCAUAGAGAUCGGUUUACUUUGCACCCAAGCAUCUCCUGAAAUACGGCCGACGAUGUCUCAAGUGGUUCUGCUCAUUCAAAACAAGUCUUUAUCUGAGACUAUGAGACCCACAAUGCCUAUUCUGAUUCAAAACCAUUAGAGUUUUUGUACAAAAAAUAGUAUAUCAACAGCAUAAUUAUGUACAUCAAAAUCUAGAAUAUAUUUAUUUGGAACCGAUGUUAAAGAUGUUGGAGAAGUAUAGACUUUAGGUACACAAAAAAAGUAUGAAGUAUGUGGGCAAUGUUGGAAAAAUGUGUUAAAAUUGCAUUAAAUGGUAAUUUUGG